AUAGUCGCACAAAAAAAUAUAUAUAUAUUCAAAUAAUUGAUUUAGUCAUCUGCUGUUUAAAAAGAUGCACUUAAGAAAUGUCCUACUGUUUUUGUAGUUUUUGCCUGUCACAUGUUUGUUCUGUUACAAAUGGUCUACAACUGAAUGUCGUUGUGCAUCCCUUUGAGUUGCAUAAUGUCAAUAAAGGAUGGUUGAAUCCUUUGAAUUUAUUUUAUUAUUUUAAAAGGUCGUCACAGGAAGUGCUCAUAUGAGAUGCAGAGUAAUAUUUUCAGAAAAGGUCUUUAAAAUCAUACAAAAUAAAGUAUAGCAACAAAUCAUAUCCACUGCAACUAAAUAUGCUUUUACUUUGAAAACCUGCUGGAUUGUUUUUCCCUUUCUCUUUGUAGCUUGAUGGUCGUGGCAGCAGCCAGUCUGGGAGGCUGUCUGGAUGCUUGUGAAGCUGCCAGCUCAUCACAAUCCCAACCUCACUGCUCCAUCUGCUGGACCAGCUGCAGCAAUGCACAUGCUGCCUUCAGGGUCUCCAUCGGUGGGACGAGCAGAUGUGGUGUGUUCAAAUAUGUGGCGGCACGGUCGGAGCCAUCUUGACGUGUCCGCUGGAAGUCGUGAAGACCCGGCUGCAGUCGUCCUCCAUCACCCUCUACGUGUCUGAGGUGCAGCUCAGUACCGUCAACGGGGGCGGCGUGGCCCGCAUGUCCCCGCCGGGCCCCCUGCACUGCCUCAAGUUGAUAUUGGAGAAGGAAGGACCCCGCUCCCUCUUCAGGGGCUUGGGGCCCAACUUGGUGGGCGUGGCACCUUCCAGAGCGAUCUACUUUGCUGCCUACUCCACCGCCAAAGAGAAGCUGAACGGGGUGUUGGAGCCCGACUCCACGCAGGUGCACAUGGUGUCGGCUGGAAUGGCAGGUUUUACAGCCAUCACAGCCACUAAUCCCAUCUGGCUCAUAAAGACUCGCCUGCAGCUGGACGCCAGGAACCGAGACGAGCGGCGGAUGAGCGCGUUGGAGUGCGUGCGACGCGUGUACCAGACGGACGGCGUGCGAGGCUUCUACCGGGGAAUGUCGGCGUCCUACGCCGGCAUCUCAGAGACUGUGAUCCACUUUGUGAUCUACGAGAACAUCAAGCGGCGCCUCCUGGAGGCCAAGGCGCCGCAGAACAUGGACGACGAGGAGGAGACGUCCAAGGACGCGUCGGACUUCAUCGGGAUGAUGCUCGCCGCCGCCGCCUCCAAGACCUGUGCCACGACGAUCGCGUAUCCUCACGAGGUGAUCCGGACGCGGCUACGCGAGGAGGGCACCAAGUACAACUCGUUCUUCCAGACUCUGGCCACGGUGCCCAAGGAGGAGGGCUACCGCGCGCUGUACCGCGGCCUCGCCACGCACCUGGUGCGCCAGAUCCCCAACACCGCCAUCAUGAUGUGCACCUACGAGCUGGUGGUCUACCUGCUGAACGGUUAGCGCCUCGGCUUCAGACUGUGGAUGCAACCCAGACCCCCCCCCCACGGAGAUGGAGAGAGAGGAGGAGGAGGAAGAAGAGCCAACAGGACGGAGACGCCGCCGUGACGCCAGCGCUCCUUAAAAUGAAAAGAAAUAAGUUGUCCUAUUUAUAGAUUUUAUUCCAUCUUUUCUUUUUUUUGCCUCCGUUUGCUUCUUCACGACUCGUCUGAAGACGAGUUCCAGUCUAUUCUGCCUCUAACGGGACUAAUAAUGACAAAGUACAGUAAUUCCAAUCCUUACUACCUAGUGUAUAUAAGACCACCCCCCCUAGCCCCGCCCCUUUUCAAAAAGUCUUUCAUGAGCAUCGUGCAGUAUUCCCUUCAUCCAUCAGAGACACAAAUACAAGAGAUUCAAGAGAGACGGAGGAGGAGGAGCAGCACACGGGUUCUGGAGAAGGAGUCGUUCACUGGUUUUCGUGCGUUUUCAGGCGAACCUUCUCGGCGCCAAACGAAAAACCAGGAGACGCCAUCUUUAACUACUGGAAUGUAAAUAAAGGGGUGGAGCUCUGGCCCCACGGCGAGGUUUAAAACACAGAUUUCAACAAACAGUUUGUUCUUCACCAUUUCUUUACGUCUUUCUCCAGAAUCUUCUCACGUUUUUGCUUUUUUUUUCCCCCCCUCAGCUUUAUUUUAGUUUCUUUUCCAGGCGAGGACGAUCCUCCCGAGUUCCCUCUGGGAGCGGGUUGUCGCGGCGGGACUAUGCUCUUCAUAAGAACGUUAAUUCAACGCAGACGCGCGUGAAGCAAACAAACCGGAUGUUUCGUUGGUUUCAUCCUCUUGUUCGUGUUUCUGUUUUUCUUUUAAACGUGAACUUCACUGUAGUUUCAGGAAAGCUGCUCGCGCUCUGACUUCACGUCACGCUUCAAACGGUACGGCCGAGAAAAGGCCCGGUUCGCCUCCUUCCUCUUGAACACCCAGCGGGGUAACCCCCCCUCACCCCUCCUUCUCCUCCUCCCCCGUCGUCCGGUGACUCCACACAACACCGACGUUUAAAACUCGUCGUCUUGCGGCUCUCUUUCUCCCCUCUCCCUCUCAAGCCGUUGACGUGAUCCUCAAUGUGAACACACACACACACACACACACACACAGACACACACACAGACACACACACAGACACACACAGACACACACACACAGAUUGGAUCUGGUCAGUGAUGACGGGGAAGCAGCCGACACGUCUCUUGAUGGAGUGAAGACGAGUCCUUGGGGUGCAGUUGGCUUGUGAUGGGGGGGGGGGGGGGGGGGCUGGCUUCAUGUGUGUUUUUGUUUGUUUUUAAGGUCAUUUCACUCAAAUUCCCACAAUGCAUUUAGGUGAAACGAGCCUGUAACUAUAAUGGUGCAAUGCACCUCUUUCACUCGUAUCAGUGUCCGCCGUGCGACGCAUUAUUCCCAGCAUCCAACGGGUAUUCUUUUGCACCCACAUGUUUGCGGCGUGUGUGUGUGUAUGUAUCUGUCUGUGUGUGUGUAUGUAUGUAUCUGCCUGUGUGUGUGUAUGUAUGUAUCUGCCUGUGUGUGUGUGUAUGUAUCUGCCUGUGUGUGUGUAUGUAUCUGCCUGUGUGUGUGUGUGUGUGUGUGUAUGUAUCUGUCUGUGUGUGUGUGUAUGUAUCUGCCUGUGUGUGUGUAUGUAUCUGUGUGUCUGUGUGUGUGUGUGUGUAUGUAUCUGCCUGUGUGUGUGUAUGUAUCUGCCUGUGUGUGUGUGUGUAUGUAUCUGCCUGUGUGUGUGUGUAUGUAUCUGCCUGUGUGUGUGUAUGUAUCUGCCUGUGUGUGUGUGUAUGUAUCUGCCUGUGUGGGUGUGUAUGUAUCUGCCUGUGUGUGUGUAUGUAUCUGCCUGUGUGUGUGUAUCUGCCUGUGUGUGUGUGUGUAUGUAUCUGCCUGUGUGUGUGUAUGUAUCUGCCUGUGUGUGUGUAUGUAUCUGCCUGUGUGUGUGUGUGUAUGUAUCUGCCUGUGUGUGUGUGUGUAUGUAUCUGCCUGUGUGUGUGUAUCUGCCUGUGUGUGUGUGUGUAUGUAUCUGCCUGUGUGUGUGUAUGUAUCUGCCUGUGUGUGUGUGUAUGUAUCUGCCUGUGUGUGUGUAUGUAUCUGCCUGUGUGUGUGUGUAUGUAUCUGCCUGUGUGUGUGUGUAUGUAUCUGCCUGUGUGUGUGUGUGUGUGUAUGUAUCUGCCUGUGUGUGUGUGUGUGUAUGUAUCUGCCUGUGUGUGUAUCUGCCUGUGUGUGUGUGUGUGUGUGUAUCUGCCUGUGUGUGUGUGUGUGUGUGUGAGAGAGACAGGAGGGAGUGUAUGCGCUCAGAGUAAUGGCUGCAAACAGUGUUGUUUUUAUCUUUUUAAAUAAAUCGUUGCCUUUU